AUGGCGGCCUCUGAGGCGGCGGCGGCGGGGCCCGCGGCUCUGGCCUCGGGCGCCCCGGCCGUCCCGGCGGCCGCGAGGGGAGCCGCCGCCGCCUCGGGCCCGUGGGGGCCCCCGGGACGGCUGAGGGGCAGCUGGCCGCGGCCCGCGGCGGCGAGGCAGCCGCCGGCGGGUGCGGCGCCGCCGGCCCGGGAGCUGAUCCAGCCGUCGGUGAGCGAGCUGUCGCGGGCCGUGCGCACCAACAUCCUGUGCACCGUGCGCGGCUGCGGCAAGAUCCUGCCCAACAGCCCCGCGCUCAACAUGCACCUGGUCAAGAGCCACCGCCUGCAGGAUGGCAUAGUAAAUCCAACAAUAAGAAAAGAUUUGAAAACUGUACCAAAAUUCUACUGUUGUCCAAUUGAAGGAUGCCCUAGAGGCCCUGACAGACCAUUUUCUCAAUUUUCUCUCGUAAAACAGCACUUUAUGAAAAUGCAUGCUGAAAAGAAGCAUAAAUGUAGUAAGUGCAGCAAUUCUUAUGGCACUAAAUGGGACUUGAAAAGACACGCAGAGGAUUGUGGCAAGACCUUCCAGUGCACGUGUGGCUGUCCCUAUGCCAGUAGAACUGCAUUACAGUCCCACAUUUACCGAACUGGCCAUGAGAUCCCUGCAGAACACAGGGAUCCACCUAGUAAGAAAAGGAAAAUGGAAAACUGCCUGCACAACCAGAAGUUGUCCAGUAAGACCAUUGAAUCGUUGAGCAACCAACCAGCCCCAAGACCAGACACUCAAGAACUAGAAACUUCAGAAAUAAAGCUAGUCGCUUCCUUUGAAGACUCUUGCAGCUCUAAUCCCAGAAAGCAGACUCUUACAACACCUCCGAGAUAUCCUCAGAAGUUGCUUUUACCAAAGCCCAAAGUGGCUUUGGUUAAACUACCCAUUAUGCAAUUUUCUCCUCUGCCUGUCUUUGUGCCUACAGCCGACUCCUCUGCCCAGCCUGUGGUGCUCGGUGUUGAUCAUCAGGGCUCUGCCCUGGGCGCUGUGCACUUACUGCCCUUGUCAAUAGGAACCCUGAUCCUUGGCCUGGAUUCAGACGCCUGCUCUCUUAAGGAGAGCCUCCCUCUUUCAAAAGUUGUAAAUCCUGUUGGUGUUGAGCCAAUUAGUACAGGUGUUCAAGUGAACUUGGGUAAAAGUUCAUCUGCUCCUUUACAAGAACUAGGGAAUGCAUGUCAAAAGAACAGCAUUUCUUCAAUCAAUGUACAGACAGAUCUGUCUUAUGCCACACAACACUUUAUACCUUCUGCACAGUGGGCUAACCCUGAUUCCUCUGUAUCGUCUUGUUCUCAAACUGAUUUGACGUUUGGUUCUCAAGUUUCCCUUCCCAUUAGUGUUCAUACUCAAACAUUUUUGCCUGAUUCUAAGGUAACCACAUCUAUAGCUGCUCAGACUGAUGCGUUUGUAGAUGCCUGCUUCCAGUCAGGUGGGAUCUCCAGAGAAACUCAAACCAGUGGAAUGCAAAGUCCAACAGAUGACCGAGUACAGAUGGACCAAGCUGUAAUGUGUGGAGCCAUUUUUGAGAGUGUCCAUUCAUCAUACGGUGUUUCUACAGACAGUAUUAUAAGCAGCAGCUUAGUAGCAGAGACUGUACCUCAUGGUUUGUUACCUCAGAACCACCCUAAGACUUUAAAUCAAGAUAUUGAGAAAUCUGCACCAAUUAUAAACUUCAGUGCACAGAACAGUAUGCUUCCUUCACAGAACAUGACAGAUAAUCAGACCCAAACCAUAGAUUUAUUAAGUGAUUUAGAAAACAUCUUGUCAGGUAAUCUGCCUGGUCAGACACUGGACAGUCGUAGUCUUUUGUCUGACACAAAUACUGGACCUGACAACCAGCUCCCAUCUGGCCCAACCCAGAAUCCUGCAAUUGAUUUUGAUAUUGAAGAGUUCUUUUCGGCCUCAAAUAUCCAGACUCAAACUGAAGAGAGCGAGCUUAGCACCAUGACCACUGAGCCAGUCUUGGAAUCACUGGACAUAGAGACCCAAACUGACUUCUUACUUGCAGACACCUCUGCCCAGUCCUACAGUUGUAGGGGAAAUUCUAACUUCUUAGGCCUUGAAAUGUUUGACACGCAGACACAGACAGACUUAAACUUCUUUUUAGACAGUAGCCCUCAUCUGCCUCUGGGAAGUAUUCUGAAACACUCCAGCUUUUCCAUGAGUACUGAUUCGUCUGACACAGAGACCCAAACUGAAGGAAUCUCCGCUGCUAAAAACAUACCUACUCUAGAAAGCAAAGUUCAGUUGAACAGUACAGAAACGCAGACCAUGAAUUCUGGCUUUGAAACCCUGGGGAGCUUGUUCUUUACUAGCAAUGAAACUCAAACAGCAAUGGAUGAUUUUCUUCUGGCCGAUUUGGCCUGGAAUACGAUGGAAUCUCAGUUCAGCUCUGUAGAAACCCAGACGUGUGCGGAACCACACACAGUCUCCAACUUCUAAACGUGGAGGCCUUGUGUGGGCCGGCAUUUACGAUUUCCUUCUGGAUUUAGAAAAUGGAGAAUGGAGACAACAGUAUUAACUCUAUUGAAUGUAGUUGAUGAUGCAGUUAUUUCAAUUCUUUGAGGUUCUUUGCCUUUUGUACUUGUAAACAUGAAAUUUGUGUAUAAAUGUGAGUGUAUUGUAAAGUGUAAGAUGUUGAUCUAAAAAUGAUUGUUUUUGUGUUGCCGACAUCUGCUGUUUCACAGGUAGUCUUCCCAUCUUAAAAAAAAAUGUAUUUCACCUUUAAAACCCAUCUAGCCAUUUAUCUAAAGCCAAGCUUACCAGGUACUAGGGUACAAACUUUUCAAGUCUUCAAAACAUUUUAGUCAAAGUGUGACUUGCUUAAAUUUGUACCUAAAAUAUUUUUGACAGUGCUUGUUAGAAAUUCCUGUUUCCUAAUAGUAAUAUCUAAAGAAUUCUGAUGCUGCACCAUCAGGUUUCAACACCAGUGCUUGGGUGGUUUGAGACUCGUGCUGCCUACAGCUGUAUCUGCUUUGACAUCUCACUCUUUUCUGAUUUGAAGACACAGGAAAACUACAGCUGUCUUGAGCUUUUGAGACAGUUUUUGUGUAAUCAAUGCCAUUCCUUCUUUACAUGAACUAUUAUUGAUACCAGUGUAAGUGUACAGUACUUUCCUCACAAGACAUACAUGUUGCUGUAAUAUUACUGCUUAAAGAAGUAGAGGCAAGCACUUAGUGUAAAUAGUGAUCCUUCUAGUCUAGACAAGAGUAAGCCAUCCCAGCCAUGGAGGUGCUGGAUUGUGGAGUCAACGCCUGUUAGCUCCUGCUGGAGUGUGCCCUGUGAACAUGCCUCCUGCUCUCUACCGUGGGCCGGGGUGCUGCUCCAGAGCUGCUGCUUGAAGUGCACCAACAGGCUGGAUCUGAGUUUUGUUGCUCUAAAUGGUAGAAAAAAUAAUGGAAAGAGAAAAGGACAUUCCCCCCUAAAUUUCACUACUUUGCAUAUGCUUGAUAGGGCAAGAGUGCAAUCAAUAAUU